GACUUCAGGCAGACGGCCAGUUCACAAUCCAGAGGAACACAGCCAUGAGGAUGAUGAUGAUGAGAGGAAUCGCUCUUCUGCUGCUCGUCUGCCAACAGAUGGAUGUACACGGCCACACACUGAGCAGACACACCGCCAACAUCAACACCAAACUCAAGAGUUUGUUACAGCAGUUUGAAGAGAUUCUGAACACAGAAGAAACUUCUGACAGAGACACGGAUUAUGAUGAAAUCAACCGGGGCGUGAUGGAGCAGAGCCCGGUCUCCACGGCCUGGGACAGAGAGGAUGACGUCAUCGCCGCUGAGGACUCGAAUCCUGCCGAGGGAUACGAGACGCAGAGAAAACGCCUCAUGGACCUCCUCAUGUCCACCCGGAGUAAAAGCUUGUCUGGAUGUUUUGGGGGAAGACUGGAUCGCAUCGGCUCCACCAGCACACUCGGGUGCAACUCCAAGAAAGGCUAGCGUGAGUGAUGUAACCUCCUCCUCCAUUCACGAAUCCUUCAUGUAUCUUCCAGGAUGUGAUCAGUCUCUGGAUGUAUUUUGAGAGAGUUGCUCAUCUGUCGGCUGUAAUUUUUCAAAUUAAAUUGAUUUUGACAGAUUUAUGGAUCCAAUGUCUUCUUGUGUUAAAACUGUACAUUAUUCAGAUUUCAUUUAGCUUUCUUUGUGAACGUAUUUAUUAAGAAUGACUAACCCGAGUGCUUGUGAAGACAUACAAUGUGUAUUAUUCUGCUGCAUUUAUUCAUCAACUGCUGACAUGCAAUGUUUUCUUGACAAGACACUUGUUUUAUGUGUGUGUGACACACACUCUGUGAUAUCCACAGUGGGAAACGGUUGUAAAAUAUGUGAGAUUUCAGGAACUGUACCAUCUGAUACUCCACCAGUUGUAGAACUGAGAAUGUAACCUUAAUAAAACCAUUCGAAAUAAAAAACUUGAGAGAUUC